CUUAGAUCAAGUUCUGACCAGUCCAUUCAAUGUUACAUUUCCAUCAGAACAUGUGAAAGAUGGGUUUUUGCCCACACUCUCCUUGCAAAGUGGUGCUUUGGAUGGCAGCUCAGAAAGUCUUAAACAUGAAGGCGUAGCAGACUCUCCAAUUGGUAGCUUGCUUGAUGGAACUCCCCAGAACAGCUCUGAGGAAAGUUAUAAGCAUGAGGGCUUGGCAGAAACUCCAGAAACAAGCCCCGAGAGCCUUCCAUUUUCAUCUAAGAAAACAGAGACUGCUGACCAGAUGGAAGAAACUAUAUUAGCCAGUGCAGUGCAGAGGACUUCAGAAACGCAUUCACCAAGGGGGCUUUCUCCAACAGAAAAGCAAAUUACUAUUUGUGACAAAGACCUAAAAGAUAUGACAGAAACCACAGAAUCCCAUUCCCAUCAUAUGUCAGAAGAACACUCCAAAGGCCUAGAUUCUAGCUCAACUCUGAUUGAUAAAGAUGCUCUCCAUGAUAAAUCAUCAGUGCUGGCAGAUCAAAGACAUUUAACUAAAUUAGCUGAACCAACUGAUUCUUUUAUUGAAAAAGAUGAGGAUACAUCCUUUGAGCCAUAUACCAUUAGCAGAGGACUAGAGCUUUCAUUUCCUAGCCAUGAGGGAGAAGGUCUUAGCCCAGCUGCAGAUGAAUCCAUAGCUAUAAGUCAUAAAGAUUCAUUGGAAGCAAGCCCAGUGUUGGAAGAUAAUUCUUCACGUAAAACACCCGAUUCCCUUGAGCCUAGUCCAACCAAAGAAUCCCCCUGUCGUGAUUCUCUGGAAAGUAGCCCUAUAGAACAGAAAUCAAAGGCUGGCUUCCUUCCAGGUCCUGGUCCAAUUCAGGCUGCCCCUGCUAAAGCUGAAAACUUCCCAGAACUAGCAGCUGUACGAUCUAGACUCUUACGUGAUCCUGAUGGAAGCGCCGAAGAUGACAGUUUAGAACAAACAUCUCUUUUGGAGAGCUCAGGAAAAAGUCCUCUUUCACCUGAGACUCCUAGCUCUGAAGAAAUUAGCUAUGAAAUCACACCAAAAAUAACUGAAUCACAGAUUCUUGCAAAUAUACCCAAGUCCGCAGUAAUUCCUGAGGUUAAUGAAGACGAUUCAGAAGAUGAACCAAAGAAAAGAGUCACUCCAGAAGAGGAGAUGUUUAAAAUGGCGGCCAAAAUUAAGAUGUUUGAUGAGCUGGAACAGGAAGCAAAACAAAAGAGGGACUAUAGAAAGGAUUUCAAACAAGAUGAUAUUUCAGCUUCUGAUUUAGAAGGUGCUUCUGAAACUGAAAGGCUGCCUUCAACAACUCUAGAAGAUAAUGCUUUAUUAUCUACAAUAAUGUCUUCUGGAGUUGUAUCUAGAAAGAGCUCUUCAUCCUCAGAAAGUGAGCCAGAAUUAACAAAGCUGAAAAGAGAAGCUGAUUCUGGGCUGUUAAUGGAACCUACAAUGAGAUUGCAACCUUCUUCACCUCAUCUUUCCAAUAUGGAUUCUAGUUCCAGUCCUGAAGAGACAGGAUUUCAGCCUAUAGAGUCUAAGCAGCAAGCAUUCAGUACUGAGGAGGAUAACACAGAAUCUGAUAAACCAACGGAGGAAACCAAAAUGUCGUGUGAUACUUCACUUGCUUCUGAUGCCAGUAUCAUAGCACAGGCUAGUGAAUCAAAGUGCUAUAGUACAGAUGAGAGUGACACAGUUAGUCCUAAUGGCCCUAUGAUGCCACCUGAGGAAUCUUUCUACCAUUCUGCUGAUGAUGAUGCUCAAAAAAUUACUGAAUUAUAUGAAACUUCAGUGGCAUCAUACCAGCAGGAUGAUUCUUUAAAAGAUAGUGUAGCUUCUGAAGGGGUAAUACCAAAUGACUUAGUUAGCAUGGAAGGAACUUCAGAGGGCUCCUGUACAUCUGGGACUUCUCAUUGCUGUGUUUCACAAAAUAAUGUAUUGGCUACUAAUGUUUCACCUGACCACUCCCCUUUGGGAAGUGAUAUGGCUGGAACAGAUCAUAGGUUAGAGAUCACAGACAGGGCUUUUCCUAGCAUAGAGAACACCACGGAAUUUUCAUCUCCAACAACCCCAAAAAGUAAAUAUGAAAGUGAUAUAGAAGAAUUUGGCAAAAGUAGUGGUUUGCCUAUAACAAGCCCUUAUGAAAAUGUCCCUUCACAACAUUUUUUUACUAAUGAUGAAAUUAGUACAGAAAUUAAUUUAAAAGCAAGAAUAGACCAGUCAUUUGAUGAAUAUUAUUGUGAUAAAGAAAGCACUAAAAUGACUGAAGGUAGAAGCAUGAAUUCUCUUUAUAGAACACUGUCAGAAGGUUCUGAAGUUCAGGUCCCAGAAGGUAUUUGUAUGGAGAUAGAAUCCAAGCAAGUGGACACUUUUCAUAAAAGACCAGCUUCAGCAUCUUCGGCAUCAGUCUCUACAUCACUUGAUGAAGCUGCUCUACAAGAUAUCAGGUAUGAAGCUGAAGAAAUAAUUAGCCAAGUAAUUAUCACUAGGACAGAUGUGGAUUCUGACAAGUGGAGUCAAAUUCGUGAAGAUGAUGAUGCUUUUGAGGCUAGAGUGAAGGAGGAAGAACAAAAAAUAUUUGGCUUAAUGGUAGACAGGAGAUCACAAGGCACCACACCUGAUACAACACCAGCCAGAACACCUACAGAAGACGGGACUCCUUCCAGUGAACCAAAUCCCUUUCUUUUCCAGGAAGGAAAAUUGUUUGAAAUGACAAGGAGUGGUGCCAUUGAUAUGACUAAAAGGAAUUAUUCUGAUGAAAGCUUAGACUUUUUCCAGAUGGGAGAGCCAUCUCAGGAAGAAGUAUCAUUAUCUGAAGAAAUGAGAGAAGCCGAAAGCCUAGAAUGUCCCUCUGAGGAACAAACUUCUAUUUCAGUUGCACCUUCUGAAUUUAAUAAAGCAGAAACAGCUGUGAAAAGUCCCCUUAUAUUUGUAUCAGAGGAUGAGACUGCUGCUUUAUGUAGCACAAAAGAAGAUGUUAAAUCUCGAAUUCCUAUUAAAAUGGGUAUUUCAGCCUCUUCAAAAUCACCAAAGAAAGAAAGAACAGCUUCUGAUCAUGACCUUCCCUCUAGUGAGACAUUUGAUAGCUCCCAGAUGCCUUGUCCUAUCUCUCCUGAGCAGACAGUGAUUGAUGUACACUUAAAUUUUUCCACAGUCACUAGGUCUGUUUGUGCUGACAAAGAAGAUGAUUCCCCAGAUUCCUCCCCAGAGGAACAGAAAUCUGUGAUUGAAAUCCCCACAGCUGUCAUGGAGAGUGUGCCUUCUAGUGAAAGCAAAUCCAAAAUCCCCAUUAGGGCUACUCCAGCUACAUUCCCAUCAUCAGAUAAGUCAGAAGCUGAGAGCCUUUCUUCAAUUGGCUUCCUAGACAACCUGGAAGAACCACAGCAUGAUGCUUCCAAACCAAAAACUAAAAUUCCAGUUAAGGCAAUUUUUCAAAGAGGUGAGCAAGAAUCUAAUUUAGAAACAGAAACACCUGCCUGGCAGUCAGAAUCAGCUAAAGUCCCUGAUGUAACCGGCAAGCUACCUAUGAAACAAGACGUUAGGAGCAAAUCUGAAUCUGAUGCCAGUGCCUCCAUGGACUCAAACGCUAAGCAUUCAGUCAAAGCUAGAAGUUACACUGAGGCAGAAGCAGAGACCAGAGAGAGGGUGGGUGAGAUGAAGCUUGAACUAGAAUCAGAUGAGUUGAUGACUGCCCGACCAAAGAUAUUUUCUUCACGAUUACCUGUUAAGAGCAGAAGUGCCUCAGCUUCCCGAAAUGCUGUUAGUCCCUCAAAAGAAAGUAAGGAACAUUUUUUUGAGCUUUACAAAAAUUCCAUAGAAUUCUUUGAGGAGAUUAGCGAUGAAGCUUCCAAGUUAGUGGAUAGACUUACACAGUCAGAGAGAGAACAAGAGUUAGUUUCAGAUGAUGAAAGUAGUAGUGCCCUAGAAGUUUCGGUUAUUGAAAAUGUGCCAUCCAUUGAGACUCAGCAGUCACUUGCCGAGGACAUCUUUGACACCAGGCCCAUUUGGGAUGAGUCCAUUGAGACUCUGAUUGAACGUAUUCCUGAUGAAAAUGUCCCUGACCAUGUUGAAGAACAACAAGAUGAUCAGGAAAGACUAGAAGAAAGAUUAGCACAUAUUGCUGAUCAUCUUGGAUUCAGCUGGACAGAGCUAGCAAGAGAAUUGGAUUUCACUGAAGAACAAAUUCAUCAAAUUCGGAUUGAGAAUCCUAAUUCCCUUCAGGAUCAGAGUCAUGCAUUACUGAAAUAUUGGCUGGAAAGAGAUGGAAAGCAUGCUACUGAUUCAGGUCUUACAGAGUGUCUUAAAAAAAUAAAUCGAAUGGAUAUUGUUCACCUAAUGGAAAGUAGUAUGGAAAAGUCCAGAGAUCAUGGUCGCACCUAUGCAGAAAUUGAACAGACAAUAGUACUGGAUCAUAGUGAAGGUUUCUCUGCACUUCAUGAAGAUCUAUGCAGCACAAAAGAUAAAAAAGAGGAAGAAUAUUCAUUUUCUAAAGACAGUGAGCAAUCAGAUCAUCCCCCCCUUGUUUCAGAAGAAGACCUUUCUCUCAGUUGCUCACCCUUGCAUGAAGGCACAUCAAAAGCUGAGGCAGAAGUAUCUGUGGUAGAACUACUACACCAAAUACAGAAAGAUCAUGUGAAAGCUGAAUUCUCAGGGAAGCCUCAUGAGCUGACAGAAGAUUCACCUACUUCACAGGAUAUCGCAACUUCUGGAGCAGAUUUGACACAAGUGCCCCAAAGUGUGAAAACAGCCAGCAUUGCCAGUGACAAGCCUGAGGAUUCCACCGCAGGAUGUGAAGAUCUUGAAAAGCCACCAUUGCAUACUCCAACAUCUAGUGACCGAACUGAUUCUCCCAUUGUGGAAGAACCUGAAGACCAUUACUUUCAGCAAGAAGAUACGCAUCCAAGGAAAACCAGUCUGGUGAUUGUUGAAUCCACUGAUGAACAGCCUGAAGUAUUAGAAAGACAUGAAGAAGAAUUGUUAGAAAAAGCUGAUGAUGUGCCUGAAAUACCCCCGGAAGCUGUAACGGAGGAACAGUAUGUGGAUGAACAUGGCCAUAUUGUGGUGAAGAAGGUCACUAGAAAAAUCAUCAGGCAAUUCGUUUUACCAGAUGGAACAGAAAAAGAAGAAGUUGUGAUGCAGGGAGAACCCCAAGAUCCUGUUACAGUGGAAGAGGGAGACAGUUACUCCAAAGUCAUAAAGCGGGUGAUGUUGAAAAGUGAAAGUGAACAAUCAGAGGUGACCUUUUCUGAGCCAAGCUUAUUACCAAGUGCCUCAGAAUUCCAGACUGAACCAGUAGAAGGCCGCAAAGUCAGUAAAGUUAUAAAAACUACCUUAGUGCAUGGGGAGAGAAUGGAAAAACAUCAUGGAGAUCCUAGUUUAGCAGUGAAUCUUCCAUCAGCCAAAGAUGACUUCGAAGAGGACAACAAUGAGUAAAGCUAGUACACAGAAGAGGACUGUGGUUAAGGACCAGUAUGGAAACCGGAUUCAUGUGGAGCUGCUGGAGGACACACCAGAAGCCCUACCCCAAGAUGAUCUUCAGCAUGACCUUCAACAAUUAUUAAGGCAUUUCUGCAAAGAUGAGCAGAAGAAAGAGGCCAAAUGAGAUGCUGCUAAAUCUCACCCUUAGACCACCACACAUAUCCAUUAACUGUCCAGCUUUCUUUUAUCAUAGGUGUUAUUAUUUAACCUAAUCAUCAGGGAACACAGCUGUUUCUACUUUGAGCAUAUAGAGCAGGUUUUCAUUUUCUUUGUUUCUAAAUAUCUGUUAAGCUAAUUUGUGACCAAAGAUCACA